GAAAAUCAUUUUCCCACGGAAGAUGGUAAGAAAAGAAAAAAAGGUGGGGUCAAAAAAUAAUAAAAAUAAAAAGUAGUGGUGAUUUUUUGUUGAAGUGUGAAGAACAUUACAAGAAAGCUUACUAUGUGGAUCCCAUUCCCAUUCAUGAAUUUUUUUCCUCUUUUCUUCAUUUAUAUCGGCUCACUAUGCUCUGCCCCUCUCACACUUGUCUUGAUUUGGCUUCUCUCCUCUUUUCUUCAAUCACCAUAUUCACUCUCUGUCUCUCAACUAUUUAAUCCAUCAAGGGAGGAGGAAUCUUAAUUUCUUCCGGAAUUACAGAUUGCAUUUGACCUUGUUCAUUCAUUUCCUUGAUUUUGUUCAAUGGCGGCUAUGGGAUCCCAAGAACCCUCCUCAAUUCGGUGUUCUUAUCAUAUUUUCUUGAGCUUUAGAGGUGAAGACACCCGAAAGACCUUUACCGAUCAUCUUUAUACAGCUCUGCUACAUGCAGGACUACGCACAUUUAGGGAUGAUGAUGGACUUACGAGAGGAGAUGAUAUCUCCACAGAACUGAUAAAGGCAAUUGAAGAGUCGAGGAUUUCAAUAAUUGUCUUCUCAAAAUACUAUGCGUCUUCAACAUGGUGCCUUGACGAACUUCUAAAGAUUCUUGAACGCAAGAAGAGUGUUGGUCAUACGAUUGUGCCCGUGUUCUACCAUGUGGAUCCGUCCCAUGUUAGAAAGCAAAAUGAAAGUUUUGCAAAAGCAUUUGUAAAACAUGAAAAGAACUUUAUGUCCGAAUCCGAUGAAAGAAAAGAGCAGGGAAUGAAUAAGAUAAAGAAGUGGAAGGAAGCUUUGACAGAAGUUGCAAAUUUGGCCGGGCAUGUUUUAGGAGAUAGGUAUGAGUCAAAUUUUAUUCAAGAAAUUGUUAAAGAUAUUGGAAACAAAUUAGAUCGCACAGUAUUGAGUGUUUGUUCAUGCCCAGUUGGAUUAGAUAUUCGUAUAAAAGACAUUAAUUUGUGGUUGCAAGAUGGAUCAAACGAAGUCGGACUAGUGGCAAUAUGUGGGAUGCAUGGAAUAGGGAAGACAACCAUUGCAAAAACUGUGUAUAACUUGAACUUCGACAGAUUUGAAUGUAGCAGUUUUCUUGCAAAUAUAAGAGAAAUAUCAAAAGAACCCCGUGGUCUUGUCCGCUUACAAAGACAACUUCUUUACGAUAUUUUAAAGCGGAAAGAAACAAAAAUUAGCAAUGUUGAUGAAGGAAUCAUAAAGAUAAGAGAAGCUAUUUGCUGCAAAAGAAUUUUACUUGUUCUUGAUGAUGUGGAAAACCAAGACCAAUUAAAUGCACUACUCGCAAUGAGGAGUUGGUUUCAACAAGGAAGUAAAAUUAUCAUAACAACUACAAAUGAACAAUUGUUAAAUGAACAAUUGUUGAAGGCACAUGGAAUGCACAAGCGGCAUAGAGUUGAAGGUUUUAGUCAUGAUGAAUCAUUUCAACUCUUUAGCUGGCAUGCCUUUGGACAAGACCACCCCAUUGAAGGAUAUAUGGAGCACACAAAAAAGGUUGUACAAUACUGCAGUGGCCAUCCUUUAGCUCUUCAAAUUUUGGGUUCUUCUCUAUGUGGGAGAAGUGUAGAUGUGUGGGAAAGUGCAAUAAAGAAACUAGAAGCAAUUCCUGAUAGCCGGAUCUUAAAAAAGCUCAAAAUAAGCUUUGAUUCUUUACAAGAUGACCAUGAUAAAAAUUUAUUUCUUGACAUUUCUUGUUUCUUUGUUAGAAUGGACAAAGAUUUCAUAAUUACCAUAUUAGAUGAAUGUGAUUUUUGCACAAAGGUUGGGAUUCAGAAUCUCAUCGAUAGAUGUCUCUUAACUAUUGAUAGACAAAACAAGUUGACAAUGCAUCAGCUGAUUCGAGAUAUGGGAAGAGAGAUUGUCCGCCAAGAAUCACCUAAGGAACCUGGGAAGCGUAGCAGAGUGUGGCACAAUAAGGAUGCCUUAAAUGUAUUAAGAGAAAAAACCGGCACGGAAAAGAUUGAAGGCCUCAUCCUAAAUUUGCAUGUGUCCGGGCACUACUGGCCUACUCAGAAUUUCUUUGGUUUAGAUAAUUCAAAAAGACGUCAUUCUGAAGAUUUUCUUGACAAAUUAACAUUUCCUUGUGGAAGCAAUUCAUCAAAGCGCCGUCGUUUAGGCAUCUUCUCUUGGUUCCCCACGAACUCUGCCUUGACAGAAUCAUUGUCCACAUCAAAGGAAGUAUACUUAAAAACUGAUGCAUUUUCAAGGAUGCACAAAUUAAGAAUACUCCAUCUCAACGAUGCAUUAGUAACCGGAGAUUACAAAGAAUUUCCAAGGAAGUUAAGAUGGUUGUGUUGGCGAGGGUCUCCUUUAAAAUUGAUACCCAAUGAGUUCAUUUUAGAGAGCCUAGUCGCUCUCGAUAUGCGAUAUAGCUGUUUGAAACAAGUUUGGAAGGGAAUCAAGGCGCUCCCAUCAUUGAGAAUCCUCGACCUUAGUCAUUCCCAUGGCCUUAAAAAUACGCCCAAUUUCUCAGAAGUCCCAAAUCUUGAGAGAUUGUUUCUUAAAGAUUGCAUAAAUUUGAUCGAGGUUCACGAAUCCAUUGGGAAAUUAGAGAGACUUGUUUUGUUAAAUCUGAAAGGCUGCAAGAAUCUUAGGAAUCUUCCUACAAAAAUUGGUCAUCUAAAAUCUCUUGAGAAACUCAUCCUCUGUGGCUGCUCAAAUCUUGACAAGUUGCCGAGAGAGCUGUGCCAGAUGGAAUCUUUAAAGGUUCUUGACGCAGAUGGUGUUGCAAUAAAACAACUAACCUCUAGCAGCAGUGACAUAGAAUCAGAGCAUUCAGGCUGGUUUUCAGGCUGGUUUUCUUGGCCACGAAAAUCUCCAGAAUCAAUCAGUUGUUCACUGGUUUGCUUGCCACGCUCAUUAGUAAGCUUGAAUCUUUCACAUUGCAAUUUGUCAGACGAUGCCAUUCCGAGGGAUCUUGGUAGCCUGUCCUUGUUGCAGCACUUGGAUCUAGGGGGAAAUCCAAUCAGUAGCCUUCCAGAGAGCAUCAAGGGACUCGCCAUGCUCCACUCACUUGAAUUAGGAGGUUGCAAAGGACUCCAAUUGCUUCCAGAGCUACCAAUGUGCUUACGACGGUUGAAUUUAAGAAAUUGUACGUCACUGGAAAUAAUGAUCAAUCUACCAAAGCCGUUGUUUUCACUAUCCCGUCUAUCCGUGCUUGCGUUGGGAUGUGACAAACUAGUAGAGGGUCAGAACUGGUUCAGGUCAGAACCCAUUCAAAACAUUGAUGCAGAAAUGAUCAAGAAUUUGGGAUUGGUUGAGUUGGAAUCCAUAGGAAAGGUUGACGUGUACAAUCACCUGACGCGUAUGUACAAUAUUGGUCCCAUCCAGGCACUGUAUGAAUGCGGAAUAGUGAGCAUAUUUCAUACUGGAAAUGAGGUUCCAUGUUGGUUCAGCAAAAAGAGUAGAAAGUCCUCCAUAUGUUUCAAUGUUCCUUCACUUCCUAAUCUCAAGAUCCGAGGCUUGAAUGUAUGCGUUGUUGUUGUUGUUUAUGCAAUGGGUUACUCUUCCCCCAAGUGGACCAGUAUUAUUAAAAUCUUCAAUAAGACGAAGGAUGUGAAGUGGGCCUAUAGCCCGGGGUGUCAAGGGAUUCCAGAUGAUGGGAAAAGAAUGAGAUGGUCAAGCCAUUGGAAGAUUGGGAAUCAGUUGGAAGUUGGUGAUGAAGUGGUUGUUUCAGUGAUGAUGAGCGUCAACUAUGUAAGUGAGGAUUUGUGGGAUUAUGAAGUAAAGGAGUUAGGAGUGGACAUUGUGUAUGAAGAAGAGGAGAAGGAUACCCAGCUUAGUUACUCUACUUCUUGUCCUGAUUUAUCAGCAUACCAGUUUUCCAAAGGUCGAUACAGCCUCGGCCAUCAUCAUAUGUUCCGAGCAUAUUUGGAGAGACACCUCUCAAGCAUACAAACAUGAGUGAUAACUAUGCAAACAUGAAUGAUAUUAACGGCAUAAUGAUUAAUUUGUCAAUAAUUUUUUGUAUAACUAUACGAACUUAGUUGAUUAUAUGGACCAAAUUCUUUUUCCCAACAACAAUUUAAAACAC